GCAGCACGCACCAAUACGAUGCUGUAUGGCCUCAAUAUCACAGACGCAGGGGGUGUGCCUCUUGCAGUCGAUUUUGACAGUCCUCUGGAUUACCUCGUCUUUAUUUUCCAGCUGUUGCUUGCCACGGCAGCUGUCCUCUUAUCCGGCACCGUAACAAUCGGAAUAUUGGCCACAGAAACACUUCGCAUUCAAAAUAGGUUCAUUUUCAUGGUCAACACAAGCAUUUGUGAUACGCUGGUUGGCUUUUCGGUGUACUACCUCGGUUUGUUUGACGUGUACGAAGGAUAUCCUUCGAGAAAUGCUACUUAUACAAUCUUGCCCUCAUUGCUUGGGAUCAACCUCCUGACAUUUCUGUUUGCACAGUUUGACCGAUAUAUGGCAAUCUGCUAUCCAUUUAUUUACAGCCGCUUUAUAACGAGACCCAUUGUGGUGGGAAUUAAUGUGUAUAGUUGGUUGCAUGUCUUUGGAGUUUUACUCGUUCGAAAUGUGAUUCCCCUCUCGAAAGCGACGGAUCUGUUUGUCUUUAGCAUCCUCUAUCUGCAGCUGGUGAUACUCACUAAAGUGAUCAUGACAAUAAAACUGUACUUUGUUGCCAAAUACCAGCUUGAGCGAGACCCCCCGAGCGCAGAGAGAGAUAGCAAGAAAGAAUCUUUAAAAAUUAUAUUUUUUGUGGUUGUCAUUUUUUUGCUAUUGUGGAUACCCUCAAUAAUCAAUAUCGUAUUGAGAUUAAUGUUCGGAAUGGGAUUGAAUUUCGUAAACGAGGCCCUAAAUCCCUUUGCCACAUUGGCGCGCCUCAGCGCCGUGUGCACGUCAGCCGUGUACGUGUGGGGCAGUCCGGCGCUGCGUGAGGCCAUGAGGAGGACCGUGUGGGGCCGAGUGUGUCCGAGGUGCAACAGAAGGUGA